AUGAGUCCCUUCAGCAAGAGAUACCCCGCAGGUAGUUACUGCUACGACCUCCAGAAAAAUGUAGAAGAGCUGGAAAUGGAGAUCAAAAUUAUUAAUAGGAGGUCUUUCGCCGCAGAUCCUAAGACUACGCCUGAGACGAUCCUACCCGGCAUGAUUGAUUACCACCUUGGAGGUAGCAGGCUCCUCACUGAUUCGGCCGGUGCGCACACAGCGUAUAUUGGCCCAGGAAGCUCUGCGAGAAUGAUGCAACACCUACUGAAGGGCAUCGUGGAAUGGCAUUUUACUCAUAAAGGACCUGAGUUUGAGACGACUGUCACGCCCUUGUUUAACCCCUCGCCUUCAAUUGAUGACCAUGGCCCACGCCAGAACUUUCCGGUGACCUUGGAUCACAGAAAGAUAGAACUGGCAACCACAGUGACUCCCUCGAUGCAGAGAGCCAUGGUUGAGCAUUACUUGAAAGUCAUUCAACCAGAGUAUCCACUGCUCUCACCCGACCAGGAGGCAAGCCUUUUGGAGAAGGAAAAUCCGUUGCGGUGGAGCACGACAAAUGCAGCACACGCAGACGGUGUGGCUUUGACAGCUAUCUUUGCAAUAUCAGCUGCACUGAUAUCAAGGGAUAUUGACCCAAUGCUGUCGACCAUAUCCACUACAUACAGAGAAUCUCUGAGGGCUGUUUCGCAGCAAGGUAGCACGCAAGCCAAUAUCCAGACUCUUAGUAGAAGCAUCAUAACAGCGUGUUUCUCAGUUAUUUGCGAAAUAAUAGGUCCUACUUCCAAUGGGGCGACAUGGGGCCUUCUGGGGCGGGCACUGGCAAGCAUGGUAGAGCUUCGGGCAGAGUAUCGAGCGCAGUCCCAAGGCUUGGAUGCUGAUUUCCACCGCCUAGAAUAUUCCUUGCUAAAACUAGAGGGGUCUAUAUCCAUUCACUUUAGGCGGCCAUCGAGAUAUUGUGCAAUGAGGUCGAGUGUAAAUGUCCUGGAUUCAUCAAUCUCGCGUGGCCAAGUAGACCCCUCAGUCCUCUACACCAACAUUCGUAACAUCACCGAAAGCUUCUGCACUACACCUCUCCCACAGCAAGAACACUUCGAAUCUCUGAUUCCUUCUGAUCUUCGUGCCUCUAUAAGCCAAGCUGGCGCAGAUAUUACUUUACCUGCUGCAGUAAUUUAUCUAACCCUGCAUCCGCUUUUCACGUCCAAAGGCACUGAGAUAUUCUCUGAUUAUCCAUUACCAACUACCGCUAUUAACUUGCUUCACACGAUAGGCAGAUCGGCUCGCAAAAUAAUUGAUGAAUACUUCCAGUCCUCGAAAGUGAACAAGAUCAUCAGCAUCUGGAUGGCGGCUGAACGCGUUCUCGAAGCUGGUGCUGUAUGGGCCACAUAUCUCAUCAUAAUGAAACGGAAGCAAAGCUCAACUGGUGGUCUGUCGAACAUCGGAAUGAAUCAUGUCAUGAGAACGCUCACUAGGUGUUCAACCCUUCUAGUAAGCUUUGCGGAACGGUGGAAGGAGGGAUUGGUAUAUGUGGAAAUCUGGGAGAUAUUUUUAAGCUUAUUAUGGGGCGUGUUGGAAUAA